AGGGCCGCCGUUCCCGCCCCCGCCGCCCUCGCCCAGAGCCAACCCUUCCGUGUCAGAGGAGAAUACUUAGCUGUAUCGGUACUUGUUGGUUUCUCCAAUCUCGGCCAUGGGCGCCCCCGACAGUUCGUGGGACGCCUCCCAGUGGGCAGCUCGGAAGGAGCCGGAGUUGCCGCAGGCGACGAAGGUGUCCGAGCCGGGCCACCGGGAACCCCGCGUGCUCUGCCGCGCCGCCGAGCAGCGCUUCCAGGACGACUCGGGCAAACGGAGCUUCAAGUUCUUCCUGGCCUACAUUGGGGUGCAGAUACUGUACCUCGGCUUCUACUUCGCGGCCGCCCAGAACAGCACGCUCAACUACGUGCCGCUGCUGGCAGACUCUGUGAUGCUAACGCUUCACUGCGGCGUGGUCCUGGUCAAGCUGAACCAGCAUCUCAAGGAGUCCGGGAAGUACAGGUGGUCCAUCGCCCUGGCCCUCCUCGCGGACGCCGUGCUGUUCGCCAUCGCAGACCCCGUUGUGGAGGUCGAGAUCGAGGCGCACCUGGAGAUGGGCACCUUCUUCGAGAAGUUCGGCGGGCUCCCCACCUUGCAGUCGACCUCGCUGCCGCACCCCUACAAGUCGAACCUCGUCUUCCAGUUCCACUGCCUCUACAUGACCCUGAUGGUACUGUCUUUCAGCUGGUCGCUGAAGGUGAUGCCAGUCUGCAUGUUGGUGUACUCGACGAUCGUCGUCAUCUCUUUCCAGAGCCGCUACGACUCCUAUGAGGUGGAGGGCUUCGAUCCCACGCAGGACAGAGAGGAGGUGUACAUAGAGACAGUCUUGAUGUGGUGGACUCUGUUGCUCGGCCUGUUCGCCAAGUGGUCUCUGGAACAGGCGCAGCGCCCCCUCUUCCUGGCCCUGGAGUCCGGGAAAGACGAGAUCAUCCGGGAGAAGGUCAAGCGGUGCAAUGCCGAGUACCGGGCCUCGGGCCUCCUGGACAAGAUGAACAAGGUCAUGCAGCAGGCCUCCUAUGCCAAGCUGGAGGACGUGUCCGAUGGGUUCCCAGUUUUCCCAGCCCCGCCGGGCGCGUCCUCCUCGGUCCACAGCGCCCCGGUCAGGGCUCACCCGAAGCGGGCGUGCAAGAGUCGUGCCGACAAGGACGCGGGCCCCUGCGACUCCGGAGACUGCCUGCCGGCCAGCGCCUCCGUCUGGAUCGAGAACCAGGCGAUGCCGCAGCGCCUGGGCACCGUGCGGCAGGGCCAGCGCGUGCUGUGCUACGACAACCUCCUGAGGGGGCUGAAGUACACAGACAUCCUGGACGUGAGCGUCGCGGCGGGCUCCGAGUGCACCGACUGGGUGACGGUGCGUCUCAAGGACGGCACGCGGCUGGAGAUGACCCCCAACCACCCCGUGGAGUGCUUCUCCACCGCGGACAGGGGCUCCUCGCCCGGGAGGUGCAUCCCGGCUGGAGCGGUGCAGGCGGACAGGGACGCCAUCAUAGUGCUCAAGACCGUUCUUGUGCCCGUCAGCAGCGUCCACAGGAACGCGCCGGAUCCCGCGGCCGACGAAGACAGCUCGCGGGAGUGGAUCAACCUCAUGGUGCAGCACCCUGAUCGCCACACCGUCUUCGUCGCGGACGGCUGCGAUGCAACACGCGGUGCCAUGGCCGUUGGGACGCCCGCCUUCUCCCAGGGUGGCCACCACGGCAUAUGCGUGAAGCACUCGUUCCUCCAAGUGGAGGAGGACGCCGCCACCAGCGAGAACGUCAGCAGCAGGCGUACGGUCUCCGCCCCAGACCUCGAGCUGACCCAGAACCAGCGCAGGAUUCCGAGCACGAGCUCACCGCACGACCUGGAGGACUCGGCGGCGCAACAACAAGAGACCCGGAGGACAUGGAGCUCAGCGACAGCCCCGCUCGCGCCCCGCUGGGGACCCUGAAGCUUCUGGCCUCGCUCGUGGGCGAGGCGGUGCUGCCCCCGCGGAGGUUUGGUGCGCAGGAGGUCCCCGCCGCGGUGACCAGCACGGCCAGCAGCUCGCACGGGUCG